GCUGGUCGCCCCGGGGAGCGAGGCCCGGGUGGGACGGGCCGCGGGGCCGGGGACCGCGAGGCGCGGCGCGGGGCUGAGAGCGCGCAGCGGCGGCCCCCUCCCGUCCCGUCCGCUCCCACCGCGACCCUGCGGCGCCCGCGGCCCCGGCGCUCCGGCGACGCUGUCAGCCGCCGCGGGGGCGGCCCGCCCCUGGGCCCCGACGGCCUCUCCGCGCAGCCCGGGCCCCUGACCGGUUUCUAAAGCGCGCUCUGUUUCAUUUCGGAAAUCGAAACUUAGAAUGAUUUGGCCAGUGAGAACCUCCUCAACUCAGUGGGCCUUGAGAACUCUGUCUUGAGCAGUCCACCUUGGUCUAUCAAGAGAAUCAUGGCAGCUGAUGGAGGUAACAAAACACAAGUUCUUAAGGAGCAUGGAGAUGAAAAAUUUUCCAAAGAUGAACAAAAAGAGAGAUUAAUUUGUAAAAUUGUAAAGGAAAAUACUCAGUUAAAGGAAGAAAUCCAAAAGCUUGAAGCUGAGUUAGAAGAGGCCGCCAGAAACUUCCAGAUUAAAGUGGAUAUUCCAGCAAUACAGAUGAAAUUCACAUCCUCAGAGAAUCCUGAGAAGGACAGCCAGUUUUUUAACACCUCUUGUUUAUUUCAAGUGAGCUCCCAAGUUUUUUAUGAGCUACGAAGAGGACAAGCGCUUAUCACAUUUGAAAAAGAAGAAGUUGCCCAAAAUGUGAUCAGGGUGGGGAAACAUCAUGUGCAGAUAGAGGACUCAGAGGUGGAGGUGAUGGCCAACCCCGUUCCAUUAAACUCUGGAGUCAGAUUCCAGCUUCCCGUAGACGUGUCUAAAAUGAAGAUCAAUGUUACUGAAAUUCCUGAUGAGUUGCCUGAAAAUCAGAUGAGAGACAAGCUAGAACUGAGCUUCACUAAGUCCCGAAACGGAGGCGGACAAGUGGAGUGUGUGGAGUAUGACAAGCAGUCCCAGAGCGCCGUCAUCACAUUUGUGGAAAUGGGAGUUGCUGACAAGAUUUUGAAAAAGAAAGACUAUCCUCUUUAUAUAAAUCAACACUGCCAUAGAGUCACUGUUUCUCCAUACAUAGAAACGCACUUGAGAAAUUUUCAGGUGUUUUCAGGAAUAUCUGAGAGGACAGUGCUUCUGACGGGAAUGGAAGACCUUCAGAUGAUGGAUGAAGAGAUUGUAGAGGAUUUACUUAACAUUCACUUUCAACGGGAGAAGAAUGGAGGUGGAGAAGUAGAUGUAGUCAAAUGUUCUCUAGGUGAAGCCCGCAUAGCAUAUUUUGAAGAAGAGGCUCAUGGAAUCAUAUGAAAAUUAGAGCUACUGGGUCCAAAUCAUUAUCAGUGUUUGACAAAAAUGAAUAUCUGUUUUCCUGAAAAAAAAUGACACUUAAAAAUUUUUUAGUGUCCAUUUAUUCUUAGAUACAAAAUAAAUUUCCAUGUCUUUGAAUUUUUUUGUUUCAAACUGUGCUGCAUGUUUAUAAAUCUAAUAAGCGCACUGUAUUAAGAACAAUUUUGUUCAUAAAUUAUGUGGAUUGGUGCCACAUCCACUGAAAUCAAGCAUAAAUGAUCCAAAUGUCCCCCUGCUGUGUUGGUUCCUUCUGUCAUUGUGAUGUGGGCCAAUUUUGUUUUGGCCCCAGAUCCAGCAGUACUCAGACUUGACUUUUAACCUACGUUUAGCAGUUUGUGAUUUCUGUAGACUGUAAUGAAUUUUCAAGGGACUUCAAGAGCAAUCAUUUCCCACUCCACAGCUCCAAAGGUGUGGUCUUUUUCCUGAACUUCCCACAGUGCCAAAGGUCCUCUGAUUACUUCCAAGACAUCCCCUCUUCAGACAGAAAUUGUAAAGAAAGAAAGAAUUUUCUCUUUUACACUUACAAUAGAAAGAGUAAGUUGGAGGGCAUAAAAUCCUUGGAAUGAAGAGAGAGCUAAGUGCCAAGCUGAUAUCUCAUCACUCAUCAUACCAGAUGCUGGGGAAUUCCUGAAAGUAAAAACACAGUACCUGCCCUUUAUGGUCUUAACAUUUAGUUGGAGAGAGACCUAGUUUAUUAGCAUUCCACUGUUUUUAAUUUGCAAAAACUUUAGAUGGUAAAAUUUAAGAUUCCUAUUCAGGGAAGUUAAAAUUAUCUUUGGUAAAGAACGUUUGGACAACUUCUUCCCUAAUAUGGUAUGUUUCAUAAAGAGCCAACAGCAAAAUUAAAUGCAUAUUAAAAUGCUGGCAACAAGGGGGGAGCCUAGUAAACAUAAUGUUCUGCAUGUAAUUGUAGAUUAAUGAUAACAAAAUAAAUAAAAAAAUAAAAUGCUGGCAACAGUAAAAUGCUUUUAGAAAAGAUUCUAAACUUAAAUCUAUCCAAUGUUGCAUACUAUUUAAAAUAAAGGAAAAGCUAAAAAAAAAAAAUAAGAAAG